CUUUCACAGUUUCCCCACACCUUAUCCUAACUCUUCUUUUGGUAACAUGUAUAUGCUGUUCCAUGGAUCCCUUUCUUUUCUCCUCCACCCAGAGUUUCUCAGCCAACAAACACAAACCAUAAACCUUCUUUGUCCAAACUCCCAUUUUUCUUGUUCACGUUCCGCUGUGAAUAUUAACAAGUAAAAGGGAUUCCAACACAGAUAAACCUCUACAACCACCAUUUAUGGCUUGCUCAGCAACAAGGCCUACCUUUUCUUUCCAUCUCUCAACCUCUUUUUCCCAACCUUCACUUCCAAAAUCCAAAACCCUUUUCUCUAACCCAUCUCUCAUCUCCAAAUUCCCAACCAUUUCGCUCCACAAAUCCUCGAAGCACCUCAAAUUCGUUUCAAACUCCAUCGAUGUCUCUAAAGAAGACAAACCCACUGCAGAGAACCAACCCAGUUCACAAGAAUCACAACCACCACCACCUUCCUCUCCCUCUCCUCCACCCCCAGAAGAAGGAGAAGUGAAGUUCGAUAAUCGCCGGCUUGAAGAGAAAUUUGCGGUAUUGAAUACCGGAAUAUAUGAAUGCAGGUCUUGUGGGUAUAAAUACGAUGAGGCGGUGGGUGACCCAGCUUAUCCUAUACCGCCGGGAUUGCAAUUUGAUAAGUUGCCGGAGGAUUGGAGGUGUCCAACAUGUGGGGCUGCGAAGAGUUUCUUUGAGAGUAAGAGUGUGGAAAUUGCUGGGUUUGCACAGAACCAGCAAUUUGGAUUAGGUGGGAAUACGCUCACUUCUGGACAGAAAGCUGUGCUUAUAUAUGGGUCUUUGUUCUUUUUCUUUGUGCUUUUCUUGUCUGGAUAUUUCUUGCAAUAGUUGUUGAAAUGAGGUAAGGAGAUUUGUGUAUGUGAAAUAUAAAAUUCUGGUUGAUUAAGUAAUUAUGAGAUAUACAGUUAAAAUAAAAUAUAAAAAAAAAGGUUCUGUUUUUUGAGA